AUGGCGGACGAAGCUGUUGCCACCUUCAAGGUGUUGAUCAUCGGUGAUAGCAACUGUGGCAAAUCCAGCUUGCUCAUGGCCUUUACUGAGGGCACCUUUGAUGAGAGCAUUGGCCCCACCAUCGGUGUUGACUUUAAGCAAAAGAGCUUGAUGCUUGAUGGCAACAAGGUGAACUUGACGCUGUGGGACACGGCGGGCCAAGAACGCUUCCGCACCUUGACAGCCAGCUACUACCGUGGCGCACAUGCCGUCAUCCUCUUGUACGAUGUGUCGCGCCCGGAGACCUUUGAGCACAUUGACAUGUGGCUCAACGAGGUCAACGUUUACUGUCCGGAGAAGAAGAUUGUCAAACUUUUGAUUGCCAACAAGAUCGACCUGGAACGUCGAGUAUCAACGGAAGUGGGGCGCGACUUUGCACGGGACAAGCAGAUGAUGUUUAUCGAAUGCAGUGCCAAGACCAAAGCCGGCGUGCAGCAGGCCUUUGAGGAGCUGGCUCAGAAGGUGUUGGACACCCCCGAGCUCUGGAACAAGGAGGCCGUCAAGGGCCUAGACAUCCGUGGUGGCAAAGGUGGUGCCACCGAUGACCCCUGCAGCGCUUGCUCUGUCCUCUAAAAAAGCUCUUGCACCCUUGCACCCUUGCACACUUGUGCGGAGGAAAGAGGAGGUGCGCGGCGCCAAGCAGCCUCUCCUGAGUAGAUACCGGUGUUGACUGUGGAUGUAUUGUGUGAUCCCCUUGUGGUAGCCAACAACUCGACGUUGUAAAGUUUUGUG